AUGGCUUCUUCUUCCUCCUCUUGUCGACCAACAUAUCAAGUUUUUUUGAGUUUUAGAGGUGCAGACACUCGCCUUGGUUUCACCGCUCAUUUACUUAAACAUCUGAAAAACAAGGCAAUCAACGUCUUCUUCGAUGAAGAAAAACUGGAAAAGGGAAAGGAACUUGAACCAGAACUAUCGGCAGCAAUUGCAACAUCAAAAAUCUCAAUCAUCGUUUUAUCUGAAGAUUAUGCUUCUUCAAAUUCGUGCUUGAAAGAACUCUCCAAAAUCAUGGAAUGCAAGGUUACUAACGAACAGCUUGUGCUGCCUAUCUUCUACCAUGUCGAUCCGUCCGAUGUGCGGAAAAUUGCUGAGACUUUUAAAGGCUCUUUUGACAAGCACCAAAAAAAGGAGCCGGAUGAAGUAAUUAAUAGGUGGAAAGUUGCUUUUACUAAGGUAGGCAGCUUAGCAGGGUGGCAUAUAGAGGGAGGCCCCUUUGACAGAUCUGAACCUGAAUAUAUUGAGCUUAUCGUUCAAGAUGUUAUAAAGAAGCUAAAUCGCAUGUCUUUAUAUGAGUCUAAAGGAUUGGUUGGAAUUGAUCAUCAGAUGGAGCGUAUUAAAUCAUUAUUGUGCAUUGGUGGGGAAGACAUUCGCAUCAUAGGAAUUUGGGGAAUGGGUGGCUUGGGCAAAACAACUCUUGCUGAAGCUGUUUUUAAUGAAGUUCGAGAUCAGUUUCAAAGUUGUUGCUUCCUUCACAAUGUUAGAGAGGAGUCAGAGAAAUCUGGUGGAAUCAAGUCUCUAAGAGAUCAACUUCUUUCUGAAGUAUUAGAAGAAAAAAACCUCCAUAUAGGCACUCCCACAGUAGGAUCCACUGUCAUCAAAGAUAGACUCCAACAGAAAAAGGUUCUUGUCGUCCUUGAUGAUGUUAGUGAUUCGGAGCAACUCGAAACUUUAGUUAUUAGUCAUGAUCACUGGGGUUCUGGAAGUAGAAUCAUCGUAACAUCUAGAGAUAGACAAGUCCUUACGAAUGAAGUUGAUAGUACGUACGAGAUUCAAGGAUUAAAUGAUGGUUACUCCCUUCAACUUUUCUCUCAGCAUGCCUUCAAGCAGAAUGUUCCUCCCACUGAUUUUCCGAAUCUAUCAAACAGGAUUGUGGAAUAUGUUAAAGGCGUUCCACUUGCUCUUAAAGUCUUGGGUCGAGCACUAUAUAAAAAGAGAGCAGAUUACUGGCAGAGUCAACUAAAUAAACUUAGAGAAGUUCCUAAUAAGGUAAUUGAUACUGCACUGAGGAUUAGUUUUGACGGAUUAGAUGAUGAUGAGAAGAACAUAUUUCUUGAUAUUGCAUGUUUCUUUAAAGGAUUUGAUAAAGAAGAUGUAAUAAAAUUACUGGAUGUUUGCUAUUAUGACGGUGCUCUUUGUGGAAUAACCGUCCUCGAAGAUAGAACCCUCUUAACUCUUGCAAAAGGCAAUAAGUUGUGGAUGCAUGAUUUGAUUCAAGUGAUGGGUUGGAAUAUUGUCAGGGAGGAACCCAUUGGGGAACGUAGUAGAGUGUGGGCCUCUGAAGAUGGUUUUAAAGUUCUCAGACAUCAGAGAGUAAGAAGCUGAAUACAUUAACCUUUUCCUAAAUUAAAAUUUUAGAUGCCUAUGUAUUUAAUUUUGUGCUAAUUUUUUGCCAUUGAUCACUGUAGGAAAAUGAAGUAAUG